UGCCCUCCUACAAGUACCCCGAAUCUCUCUCUAGUCACCUCACCACGCUCUCGUCUCUCUCUCCACCCUCCCUCCCCCAACACGGCACCGCCGUGAAGGCAAAGGGGCCGAUGGCCGAGAAGACGAAGGAAGCGAAGGUCCCGGAGCGGGAGUCGCCGCUGCUAACAAGGAAUUUGCUCCGGAUUGCUAUAUACAACAUCAGCUACAUCAGAGGCCUAUUCCCUGAGAAGUACUUCAAUGAUAAGUCUGUUCCGGCACUAGAGAUGAAGAUUAAGAAGCUGAUGCUCAGGGAUGCUGAAUCCAGGAGGAGCUCUGCUUGUAAGAUGAUCAGAACGCUGGUUUCACUUGUGAGGACUUUGGACCAAAUGCCAGAGGAGCGAACCAUUCUAAUGAAGCUGCUAUACUAUGAUGAUGCCACACCUGAGGAUUACGAGCCUCCCUUCUUUAAGGGUUGUGUUGAGAAUGAGGCCGUAAAUAUAUGGAACAAGAACCCCUUGAAGAUGGAAGUGGGGAAUGUCAAUAGCAAGCAUCUUGUGCUAGCUUUGAAGGUUAAGAGUGUCCUUGAUCCAUGUGAUGCUAACAGUGAUGAUGACAAGAUGAGCAUGGGUCAUGUGUCGGACCAAGAAGACUUUACGGACACCGAGACAACGAAUUUGCUCCGGAUUGCUAUAUACAACAUCAGCUACAUCAGAGGCCUAUUCCCUGAGAAGUACUUCAAUGAUAAGUCUGUUCCGGCACUAGAGAUGAAGAUUAAGAAGCUGAUGCCCAUGGAUGCUGAAUCCAGGAGGUUGAUUGAUUGGAUGGAGAAAGGUGUCUAUGAUGCCUUACAAAAGAAAUAUCUCAAUACCCUUCUCUUCUGUAUAUGUGAGAAGGAGGAAGGCCCAAUGAUUGAAGAGUAUGCCUUCUCAUUUAGCUACCCCAACACAAACGGGGAGGAAGUUGCAAUGAACAUGAGUCACACAGGGAGCAAAAAGAAUACUGCCACAUUCAAGUCAAAUGCAGCAGAAGUCACUCCUGAUCAGAUGAGGAGCUCUGCUUGUAAGAUGACCAGAACGCUGGCUUCAGUUAUGAGGGCCUUGGACCAAUUGCCCGAGGAGGCACUAUGCUUUGUUAAUGAAAUUGGCAUGGGGAAGCCAACCAAUGCACUCCCAGUGGAUAAUAGUGCCUGCAUUACAUUCUCCUUACCACUGAAACAAAAAGCAGGGGCAUCAGAUUCCGCGCCUUCUAAGCCACUAAGCGAAGCAAGAAAAGGGAAAGAAUCUUCUAACAUUGGCUCUGCAACAGAUGUUUCGCUAAGAAAGGCUGCUGCAAAUAGCUCCGCUGGAGAUGGAGAUGAUCCUAACAAAGGAAACACACCUGAUAUUUCCAAUAACGAUGCUGUUCCGUUCCGCACGCGGGUCAUUGUAAGGACCAUUGCUGACUUGGCCGGGUUAGAUCCUGCUCAAGUAAUACUUAUCCUAGCUGACGCCGGUUCAAUGGAAGAAAUGAUACAGUUAUCAACAGUAGCAAAUGAAAGAGGAUUUAUAUUUGAAAGAACAGAGUCCUUGCAGCAUGUGUCCUUGAGAGUAUCAAUGGAUAGGUAUGUACAGGCGCAAGCUGGUCUACAAGAUGCAGUUGAGAACUUGGAUCCAGAUCAUAACCAGCUUGAUGAAGAGGAAGAACAAGAUGAUGAUGAAGAAGAACCUGCUCUUGCUCAGCAAGUAAAUGAAGAUGAAGUGCAAGAUGAUGAAGAAGCAGAUGAUGAUGAUGAUAAAAUAAACUCUCAGGUUGCCGAUCCAGAUUACAUACCCGAAGAGUCAAAGGGUGAAGAUGAUGAUGAUUGAUAUCUUGUGGAUCUUGAGGAAGAAGAAGCUGCUCCUGCUCAGCAUGGAGAACAAGCACAUGAAGCAGCAGCUCAUCAAGCAAAUGAAGAUGAAACACAAGAUAAUGAAGAAGCAGGGGAAGAUGAUGAUGAUGAUGAUGAACCAGAUUCACAGCUUGCAGAUCCGGAUUAUAUGCCAGAAGAAGAAGAAGAAGAAUAAGAGGAAGAAGAAGAAGAAGAACAAGAUGAUGAUGAAUAAGAAGCUGCUCCUGCUCAGCAAGUAAAUGAAGAUGAAGUGCAAAAUGAUGAAUAAGCAGAGGAAGAUGAUGAUGAUGAUCACGAAGAAGCUGCUCCUACUGAGCAAGUAAAUGAAGAUGAAGUGCAAGAUGAUGAAGAAGCGUAGGAAGAUGAUGAUGAUGAUGAUGAUGA